GUUGCAGAAGGUUGUCUUAGUUUAGCUUUUGAUGGUAGGUACACCUGCAUUUAACCUAUGUUUUUGCAGAACUACUUUCAUACCUGGCUCCUGGUUAACCUAGGAGACUUAUGCAUGCAUACAUAUAUGUGUGCUACAACCAUGUAUUAAAAUUCAGCUAUACAUGUACAUGUAUCGUUUAUGGCCUGUAAAUCUGCUUACACAAAACCAGAGUCAUUAAAGCAUGACAUUUCAUAUCCUAUUUAUAGUAAGAGUUAGCAAAAGAGUAGGUCUGACACUCUGCAUGCCCUGGGUGGGACCCACUGCCUGUUGACUCUCAGUUGCCUCUACCUCAGCUAAGAGCAUCACACAUUUUCACUGUCACCCUAACCAUGUUUGAUAUGGCAGGUCAUGUUUCUGCCAAGGGCACAAACUGUGUGUAGUAAUGAUUUGUUCACAUUCUGACAUACACUUACACUGUGGUGUUUAUCUAUGAGAAUGUCUCAGCAUGUGGUUGAUGGAUAUCUCGGGCCUACUGUUGGAUUGGGUUAGAGUGUACUCAAACAGUUGCUCUGUUAUCACACCAGUAUAUUCAUGUAUGUUCAAUGAAACUUCAGCAUUUGUGAGCACUGGAGUAAAUUACAUGCUGGCUUCACCUCAACCACUGCAUCGAGUCACUUUGUUAUUGACAUUCUAUCUUUUAACUCGCACCAUUCACUUUAUGAAGGCCCUGAUUUCAAGACAUCCUGAAAUCAAACUGUACAUGAUGGACUUUGGACAGAAUGUUACAGCUAUUGGCAUUGGCAUUGUAUACUUUUAAUGUAAGGGCAGUCUGACUCGAUGAAAAGUAAAUUAAAGGUGGACUUCAAUAAAGACUUGGCAUUAUCUUUACUUGACUGAUUUUGUUUUUCCAGGUCCAUCCUAAUAACCAUGAUUUUACAGCGGAACGGAUAAAACAUAUACUUGGAGACUACGAGCAAGUUCAGCCAAAUCUACACAAGUCAUCCCUUCUAGGUGUUGCCCGAGGGCCCGGCACCCCACAGCCAUCUAAGAGUGGCACAGCUCCACCUUCCUUUUUUGUCAAACCUUCCCCAAAUGGGACACACAAAGAUGCGAGUCACAAAGUUGGUUUACGUGCACAUGCUACUGGAUUUGGAAAUAAUGCACAGAAGGCUGGGAGCUCUGCAGCAGCUAGCAGUUCUGGUUGGCAAAGUGAAACCUCUACAAAGUGGCCUUCCUGUACUAGUGUCAGAAAAGUGAAACGACAGACAAAAGAACUGACAGACAUAGAACUAAGUACAAUUCUGGUAGGCCUAUCAAAUCUGAAAGUUCACCAGAUAGAACUGUGAAAGUGAGAGAAAAAUCAGUGGAGAGAGUCGAUGCUUCUCGGCACACUGGUGCAACGACAGCCAAGUCAAGUCAUGGGCGAACCAGCUCGCACAAGUCUCCUUCGAGUGCUAGUUCUCGGCAUACAGGCAACAAAAGUCUACAUGCACAUGACAGCAAACAUGUCAAGGACACUUUCCAACACGAUCCCCCUGAAUUGGUGAAGCACCUCUCUCCCCAUUUGUCACCCAUCCACUCUUCCCCAGAGAAUGAGGAUCAUGGUGCCAAAGAUUGCCAGAUCUCUUCCAGCAUUAUUAAGUCACCCAGCAAAGUGAAAGUAGAAGAACCCAAGAUGGCACCCCCAAAUGGUACAAUCCCUGUGAAUGGCUUAACCAAAAAACACAGACAUAAUCUUCCAAAGAUCCAUAUUCAUAUGGAGGGCAAACCUCCCAGUGAUCCAUCAAGCAGUGUUGAUGAUAUAAUCAAGGAGAUGACCCGAAUAGACCCCCCUCUGACAGGCAUCAGUACCCCUCACAAAGAGAAAAACUUCCCCUUCCCCUCAGGCCAUCCAGAUCCACAUUCACGUCUGCAGGUUACAAAACAACUGAUGGAUAGCACUGUCCACAGAAGUGGGAAUGACAAAGCACACGGAGACCUUUCCAAUGAGCUAGAAGUUAGUGAAUCGGAAAAUGAAGGGGAGGAUGGCACUAAGUGUGAUGAGAGCAUUAACAAACCUGUUGCCGAAACCCAAGGAAAUAGAAGUCCAGAGCCCGAGGUGAGGAUGUCCUCAAGCAGUGACAGCGAGAGUGAGGAAAGCUCUGGGACUAGCUCGGACAGUGGCUCAGACAGCGAGAGUAGCGCCUCAGAUGGGGAGGAGGAAUCUGUGACUGCUCCUCCCAAGGAGGAGCCCAAGGAAAAAGUCUCGCCAGUGGAAACUUCUAACCCUUCCGUGGAACAAACCUCAGAGCAGCAAAAUACAAAACUGAGAUGGAGUUUGAGCACGUUUUUAAUGCCCAAGACUAAUACUAGCAUUAUAGGCAGUGAUAUAGGCCUGUGUGACACAUUGAAGGACACUACAGAUAGUGGUCUGGGUGAUCUGACCGAUAGUUUGCUCAAGUCUACAGGAAAAUCAAACGAGUUAAUACCAGAUCUAAGGGCUGACAUUGACUUGCCUGGUCAUGACAGUGACUUUGAGACACAUACUAAGGUGCGCCAGACCAAGAAAGAUCACAAAACUACAAAACACAAGGAUCGCUCAUCUUCCAGUACUGAAUCACAGGCUAUUAGCUCACACAAGAGAGCCAGCGAGACACGCUCACCGGGCAGGGCCCAAGCCAAAUCCCCUGCCCCAGCUCUCCAGGAGACUCCAACAGUUACCAAAUCACCAGCCACCAAAAAGGGGCCACGUAAAAAUUCCACUGCCUCAGAAAAAUCUUCAAAAAGUGAAACCCACAGAUCUUCAAAGAGUAAGAAUGGUUUAUGCGAUGAAAAACUGUCCAAUGUGUUGGCCAAAUCCAAUAGAAAGGCAGGUACUGCGGCAUCCAAACCAGAAGGUCGACCCAGGGGUCGUCCAAGGUCAAAACCCAAAACGCCUGUGUUGUUAUCAUCAGACUCCUCUGAUGAGGAAGAGAUGGAUGUUGAUGUUGUGUCUAUUUCUCCGGAGAAAGUGCAUACACCAAUGGCGCGGAAAAUUUCUGUGGAUCACGCAGAUGUCGCGGAAAAGAGUGAGGUUUCUAAAAACAGCGCUAUUAAACAAACUUCCCCAUUACAGACUUCAUUAUCGUCUUUGCCAUCCGAUAAGGCUAAGAGAAAAGACUCUGAGAGAAAGGACAAGAAAGAGAGAAAGAAACAUGACAAACAGAGCGAGGACAAACGGAAACCAAAAAGCAGUCCUUUAUCUGAUAAAGAAAACUCUAAAUUCUCAAACCAAGAAAAAGACAUUACCAUGAGUAACUUUGAUGUUUUGAUGAAUGACAUGAGUGAGUCCCCCCAUCCCAAGUGUCCCUCCUAAAAGUAUCCCAGGAGUGAGUUACCUUGACGGGAAACCCUCCAUAGUCGUUCGGCUCAAUUUUUCACUCCUAGACAGAAUCCCGCCAAACAUAACAAAGGAUACAGAUCUUAAAAGUCCAGAAAGUGGUAUUUCCACCAUGUCCUCAAU